AUGGCCUCACAGAAUCCACCUCCCGCGGAUGCGACGCAGGAUGAAAAGAGCACCGCCCAAGAGCCCUUGCCGCAAGCCGUCUCCUUGUCCGAGGGCGAGGAUGGCCAGUCUCCCAACGACGAGGAGCUGGCGACCUUGAGGCGUGUGGCCGAUCGGGUCUCCAUUGCCAUCUACCUCGUCGGGGCCGCCGAGGUCGCUGAGAGGUUUGCUUUCCGCUGCUUGACUGGGCCUCUGCAAAACUAUGUUGAACACCCCUUCACUGAUGGUCGCCACAGAGGGACCGACUUCCGCCCUGGAGCCCUGGGCAAGGGCCAAGCAAUCGCGACAGGCAUAGGCUUCAUCUUUGAGUUCUGGUGCUUCCUUACUCCCUUGUUUGGCGCCAUCAUUGCCGACAGCUGGCUGGGCAGAUUCAAGACAAUAUGCCUCGGUGCCAUAAUAUCGACUUUCGGCUUCAUCAUCCUCUUUGCAACAUCUCUACCGGUUGCCUUGAAGGCGGGCGCUGGCCUUCCAGGCUUACUGGUGGCCCUGUUUGUCAUAGGUUUAGGCACCGGUGGUAUCAAGAGCAAUGUGGGGCCUUUAAUCGCGGACCAGUACUCUGGCAAGUCACGAAGAAUCAAGACCCUCAAGGGUGGUGAACGGGUCAUUCUCGACCCCGACGUCACGAUUCAGAACAUCUUCAGCACAUAUUACUGGCUCAUCAACAUCGGAUCCAGUUCCAUGCUAUUGGCAACGUGGAUCGAAUAUGAAGUCGGGUUCUGGGCGACUUUCCUCAUGGCCCUAGGCUUUUACGUUGCCGCCCUCGGCGUGCUCGUUGCCGGCCGAAACACAUACGUCAUGGUUCCGCCCCGAGGGUCCGAUAUACCCAGGGCAUUCAAGGCCGUCUGGGUUGGCAUGAAGCACUGGGACAUGGACAAGGCGAAGCCGUCUUACCUUGCCCAGCACGGCAACGCCAGCGUGCCGUGGAACGAUCAUUUCAUCGAGGAAAUCAAAGUAGCCCUAGUGGCGUGUCGUGUGUUUCCGAUAUUCUGGGUCUGCAUAGGCCAAACAAGCGGCAAUACCAUCAGUUUGGCAGCCAGGACAAACACUUAUGGGCUGCCCAACGACUUCAUGGGCGGCUUCAACCCCGUGACGAUUCUCAUCCUGAUUCCAUUGCUCGACUAUGUCAUCUACCCGACCCUACGCAAGUUCGGCAUCGCCUUUCGACCAGUCACGCGCAUCUCCUUUGGUUUUGCCGCCUUGGCCGGAGCAGUUGCCUUUGCAGCGGGGACCCAACACAUGGUCAUGAGGCAGCCCGAGUACCAGGUGUCCGUCCUGUGGAUCCUGCCGAUCUUCAUCCUGUCCGCCCUGUCCGAGAUCUUUGCGCUCGUGUCGGCGGUCGAGUUCGCCUACACAAAGGCCCCCAGCACGAUGAAGAGCUUCAUAUCGGCCCUGAACCUGCUGACCGGCUCCAUCGGCGCGCUCCUCGGCUUCGCGCUGUCGCCGACAUCGACGUACACCAAGGUCUUUUACCAGUUCGUCGUCCUCGCCGGCAUCAUGGGCUUCCUGACCCCCGUCUUCUACCUCCUUUUCAGGAAAUACAACGACGACGAGGAGCGCAUGAACCAGCUGGAACGCCGGGCGAGGGAGGAACCAGAGUCUCCGCCCACGGUCUGA